UGGAAGCAUUCCAAGAGGCUUUGGAGAACUACAUCAAUUGAAGAAUAUUGAUGAAUCAUACAACAAAUUUUCCGGAGAAAAAAGCGAAACUGUUAGCCAUAUGUGGGAUGCGAGACUAACCCUUGCAACAAUUGUAACUUGUGUCGUGAUUGUAGCGGCAGCAGUAGUCAUCAUUGGGAUAGGAAUUCUGGUGUUCAGACCUAGGGUUGGAAGGAGAAAACUCAGAAAAGAAAGUGAUGGAGAAGAAUGGAGUAUGAUUUCAUUUCAAAGGUUGGGAUUCAAUAAAUGGGAUAUUUUGGGCGGUUUGAUAGAUGAAAAUUUGAUUGGAAAUGGAGGGUCAGGAAAAGUAUACAGAGUGAUCACCAAGAAAGGUCAAAGAGUUGCUGUCAAAAGUAUAAGGCAUGAACAAAAGCAAGGGCAGGGAUUAAUGGAGAAACAGUUCCUAGCAGAAGUUAAGAUCCUCGGGGGAAUUUGGCACAACAACAUAGUGAAAUUGUUAUGUUGCAUCAGAGGAAAGACAACAAAGCUUCUUGUGUAUGAAUACAUGGACAAACAAUGCCUUCAUAAAUGGUUGCAUGGAAAGAAGAGAGGCUUAACUACUCAAGUCUUGCAGUGGGAGAGGAGGCUAAGAAUUGCCAUUGGAGCUUCACAAGGGCUUUGCUAUAUGCAUCACAGUUGCAAUCCACCCAUUAUUCAUAGAGAUAUCAAGUCUAGUAACAUACUCGUUGACUCUGACUUCAAUGCCAAGAUUGCAGACUUUGGACUGGCAAAGAUGAUGAAGAGUGAAGAAGAUCCAGAAACAGCAUCUGCUAUUGUGGGAACCUUUGGUUACAUUGCCCCGGGAAUGCAGAAUACGGCAGUACAAGAAAAGUGAAUGCGAAGAGCGACAUCU